AUGUUCUCCCAGAAGCCGUCCACGACUGGCGGCCUGACAGUGAAUACCUCGACCGCAAACUCCCUAUUCGGCGGAACACCUCAAACAGCAACAUCAUCCACAUCAGCGGGCGGGCUCUUCGGCGGUGCUGUAGGAGGGACAGCAACAUCACAGCCGCAGUCAGGGAACUUGUUCUCAGGGCUAGGGACUGCUGGCGGCCAGACUCCACAGAAGAGCCUGUUUGGAGCCGUUGGGAGCAGUGCGGCUACGGCGGCUUCGACACCAGCAACGACUCAGCCAGCAUCCGCGGGUUUAUUCGGAGGAUUAGGGACAUCACAACCCCAGCAGCAGAGCGCGCUGGGCGGCGGCUCACUCUUUGGCAGAACAACGACUUCCAGUGCUCAGUCACAGCAAACACCAGCAGCAACUAGCGCGCCAUCGUUGUUUUCCCUCGGUACUUCAACGGCGAACCAAGCUCAGGCAAAGCCAUCUUUGUUUGGAGGUGCUACACAGACUACGGGGACAUCAACAAAUACAGGAGGUGUAUUUGGGAACACCACGCAACAACCGCCUCAGCAGCAGCAGCAAGGUCCAACCUUAUCUCUGUUCAGGAACACAGCAGGACCAUUAAAACAAGAUCAGCCAACUGGAACGAAUGUGGUAUCGGGCGUUAAGAUUGACGUAUCUAACCUUGUGCCUACGACCAAGUUCGAGAGCUGCAGUGACGAACUUAAAAAGGAGAUUGAAGCUAUAGACACAUUCAUUCUUAAUCAGGUCCGGAUGUGUAACGAGGUAUCCGACCUGCUGCCCACCAUAUCCGCCCAAGGGGCCAUGAUCCCCAAUGAUGUUGAAUUUGUUCAAGGGAAACUAGACACACUUCAAGAGGCCCUAGAAAAUGACGCAAACGGCAUCGAACAUGCCCGUAAUCUUGCGAAGCAAGAUGCGGCAGAAGCAAGACUGGCCUUCCGCACACUCGACACUUUACUUCUGCCCCUACAAUACCAACCUAGUCCCGGUGAACGAUGGUGGCCGGCGGGCCAACAAGGUCAGCCAAUGACCAAGCAUCCGCUACGACCCGCUAUGGGCCUUCGUCACGGGGGAACUCUUGCGCUUCCAGAGGGUAUCGAGGUGGAUUCUUCCGGUUCGUCACAAAAUGAACCCGGAAGCUUGGUUGAUUACUUCUCUCAGCGGACGGAUGACAUGGGCUCCGUGCUCGAAGAGUAUCGAAAAAACCUAAAGGAAAUCGAAGACCACCUAUACAAUGUUGAGGAUUCCCUUCAGCGGAAGAUCCACGCCCUGGUUUCCUCACGAGGCAGAGACAGCGGAAGCACAACAAGCACACAAUCUUCUCGCGUGCGCGAACUUGCUGCGACGCUGGGAGAUGUUGAGACUGCCAUCCUAGGCGUCGCUAGCAGGGUCGGCACUGCGAAGGAGGAGGUCCAGGAAUUGGUUUUGGGUCCGAUGGGCUUUAACGGCUCAGGGAUAGGUAAUGGAUGGCAGUCUAGGGCGUACUAA